GACGGGAAGGUCGGUCACGUGACCCGUCGCGGCGAAGCGGGGCGCGAGGUGUGGGGCGCCGGCUAGACUCUCCAGUAGCCGAGCCAUCCGUCUGCUGCUUUGACUGUGACCGCUCGGAAUCCACGCCUUUACGCAUAGAUAUAACGCGCCAUAUUCGUCCGGUCACCUGUAUUUUAUUGAUCAGUUGAUAAUCGAAUAGGAAAAUGUCAGCCCAGUGAUGAGUUCGUCGCUUAUUUUUGCACGGAUCUGUCGACGGGGCGGCGGAGGAGGCGCGGGGAAGGCGAGCGCGGCGCAAUCCGUCGCAGACAUGCUCCGACCGCUGUCGAGGCGUCUCGCGUACGCGCGGCCGUUCGCGCGCUAGUCGGGCGUAGCUCGCGACCAUGGAUGUUGUGACGCCUCAUAUCAGUUCGGUGCUAAGAACCUAUCAAGCCAGUGCACCGCGGAGCCUCCAAGGCCCCGGCGUGGGGCGUGCAGGUCCGCCGUCGGCGCCGCCGCCACCGCUGCCUCGAGCCGCGCCGCCCAUUCUCCUCGCCGCCGAUCCAGUGCUAGGCGAACGCGGCGAGACUGCUCUCGAAGGAGAGCCGAUAUCUUGCUUCAGUGUCGGUGGCGAACGUCGACUCUGCCUCCCGCAGAUUCUGACCUCGGUUCUGACGGACUUUAGUUUGGAACAGAUCAAUCGCGUGUGUGAUGACUUACAAAUAUACUGUUCGCGGUGCACGCCAGAGCAAUUACACGAGUUGAAGUCGACCGGCGUGUUGCCCAGGACGGCUCCGUCUUGCGGUUUGAUAACUCAGACGGAUGCGGAGCGGCUUUGCGCGGCUCUAUUGCACGCCCCGGCGGCGGCUGCCAAAAAGUUGCCUGGGUUUCGGGUGUAUCAUGAGUGUUUCGGGGGUGCGCGAGGUGUUUGCGCGCCAGAACUAGGACUAGUGCAGUGUGUGGAAUGUCGCGGGAUCUAUGUUCCGCGUCGGUUCGUAUGCCAUACUCACACGACCGAGCAUCGAACGUGCCAUUGGGGAUUCGAUUCGGCGAGAUGGAGGCGGUUCCUUUUGGUGUCGGACGAUGAACGGGACAAAGAAAAGUGUGAAGCUUUGUUGGAUGAUGUAGCCACGAGGGAGCCGAGGGAAACGCACGCUGUCACAUCGCACCCUCUGGUGAAGCAAUUACCGAUCAAAAGAAAGCAGGUGCUGGAGACGAUUGUCUGCAAACCCGAGCCUCCAGAAUCACCGCCGAAGAAAGUCAGGAGCGAAGACUUUGGCUGCGCCCUCUAUUUAGACCCAUACGCCCAUCUACGGUACAGAACCGCCCAGACCUUCCGACCCUGGGGCAAAAGGGAGCCAGAACUCCUCCACCCAGAAAGGGUGGUCCGAGUAGCAGAUUGCAGGAGGUUCGAACACGACUUCCAGCCAAAUGUUGCCCUCAAACCGCUAACUCCGCCUAUAGAUGACGUGACUUCAUCCACGUCACCACCCCCAUCAGACCCAGAGCUCACUGCCCGAUUGUUAGACGCAGAGGCGCGUUUAAACGAACGCGAACGAACCCUGGAAGAGAGGGAGGUAGAGCUCGCCAGGCGCGAGGCAAGGCUCGAGGAAAGGGAAAGAGAGUUAGAGAGGAGAGAACAACUCCUCGAAGAUAAACCAGAGCCGAAUUCCUCUCCGCCCAGAGAUAGUGAUCCGCCUUGUUGACCGAUGCGGGUAAUCACUCGGCUUGUGAUGUGAUGAACGCUUAGCGAUGUCUAGAGUACAAAAUGUUGAGGUGCUUAACGGUAUCGUGUCUGUCGAUGGUUAGAGCUGAUCGUGGAACCAUUUAAAGCUCUUGGAUUUCUUGUAAUUAUAUCCCUAUAGCUACCAAUAGCUUUAAUUUUGAGCCGCGUUCGAGAGAACUUUCCAUAUAAAGACGUGGAACAACUAUUGGUGGUUACAGUGCUGGCGCAGAUUGUGUGCAAUUGUAAGUUACAUUGUGGUAAUCAAUAGUUAUCUAAGUACGGCCCGACUGUUUAACACCGAUUAAUUCGGUAAAUGCAUAGUGAACUAGCCCCAAAACUGUUGUCUAUGUGCCAUUUUCCGGUAUUAUAUACCUUCCCAUAUGCUUCAAUACUCACAUAAUAAAUAGAGCAUAAUUUAUACAUCGUUAUUUUAUAUACAAUUUUAAACCACAUUAGUUUGUACAUACUGCCAAUUGUUUUCUCUAAAUAACUCUGUAAGACCUCUAUAAUACCAAAUAAUGUAUAAUCCAUUCAGUUUAACGAUAUACAAUUCUUUUAUAAGACAUCCGCUUAAUUGGUGCCCAUAAUGAAAACCAUGGCGUAGAUGACCAUUAUUUAUUUGAAAUGGCCAAAACAAUUUACAUUUAAUUUGCACUAUUGGUCAAUUAUUGUUAAAAGGGAAAACGAAAAAUACUUGUCAUGGUAAACACCAUCGAAAGUAUAUGUAUGACAAAAUCAUUCCGUCUCUUUUUAUCUCUACAUUAACAAUUUGACAGAAAGAGACCAAUAAGUUCAUACUGAUUUUAUUAAGGUAGAAAAAAUCCACUUAUAACGGAGGUGGUGUGAAAUGGAACUAAAUUCUUCUUCAAAUCAUGUUUUCGUAUGAGGGGCCUAUCUAAUGUCAUGGAGCCAAUAAAGUCUGGAACUGUUUGUACUAUGAACUCUUUGAACGAACCAAAAUUUAAAACCACAUUCAUUACCAGAGACAAGAUGUGAAGACUAACAGCAGCGAGAAUGGUACAAAAUGGCUUCAUAACUUGUCCAGUACCUGAACAUGGCGUUUUGAAGGGUCCCUCAAUUUCAUAAAACAUUAGUUUACAUAUUUUAAAUCUAGGUUAAAUCGGUCAAUAGAGCAUAUAAAAUCAUAUGAAUUUCUUUAAGUUCAUCUUUGGCUCACAUUUUGGAUCUGUGGCAUGGCAUGUGCCGACAAAAUUUACAUAAGGGUAAACCCGCAUUCUACCUCAUUGUAUAUAAAUGCUAAAUUAAGAAAUUAAAAUAAGCAUUUUCGUUUAGAACAACAAAAUUACGGGUAUAACGACCAAUUAUAGUGAAAUAGUUUCGCCAUUGCGCUGUAUGCAUAGCUGGAACACGCAUUCAUUUUACUAGAUUCGUUUUGACGUUGACAGUUAGUAACGUCGCGUAGUAAUUGCAACUCGUUCGGACAUAGAAACCGGAAUAUAAAUAGGUGUCGUUAUAUUCGUUCUUUUUUUUUUUAAUUUUAUCGUAGUUCGGAGCAAUAAUUUGAUAAACACUGCCUUAAUGUAGGCAUAUUUUAUACUUUUUUAUUUAUUUGCCAGUCUUGGUAUCCCUUAUCAUCACAAUGUGUGCAUUUUACCUAUUAAUCACUUAGCCAGUAACUAUGCAUUUGUAAAUAAUGUUUCAAAACAGACGUUUCCGUCUGUUUCGUCGAACAUUACAUAGGUAGGCCCCAUUAAUACCAAUAAGUACUUGGAGGCGAAUCGCGGAUAUUGUUGUAAAUCCAAUUCUAUAUAUAUUCCUCUAUGCCAAAUGUACCUAAAAUUUUAUUUUUUUAAACAGUUUCUGUUUUGUUUUUAAACGUCCAAAUAGUAAAUUGCGGGCUUAGAAUGUAAAACAAACAUGUCUGUGGCCCAUUAAUAGACAAGCGUAAAGAUCUGUCAAUUCGUUUGGCCAAUCAGCAAAAG